AUGGCGAUGGGGCCUUUGUUUUUGUUGGUGAGGGAGUGGGUGGUUGGCUCUGCUCUUUCUUGGCAUCUGAACCACCUCAACCUUCUCCUCCUUGGCCUAUUUUUUUCGCCUCUGGUUAGUGCUCUCUUCCCUGUGGAUUGGGUCCUUUGCCAAGCUCCAUUGCCUCGGAGUACAGGUUCCGAGUUCGCGAGAGCAGAGAUGGGCGACGUGGCAAGGGACCUGGGGGCCGGCACGGUGGGCGGGGCGGCGCAGCUCGUCGUGGGCCACCCGUUCGACACCAUCAAGGUGAAGCUGCAGAGCCAGCCGACCCCGCCGCCGGGGCAGCCGCCCAAGUUCGCGGGCGCCAUUGACGCCGUGAAGCAGACGCUCGCCGCCGAGGGCCCCCGCGGCCUGUACAAGGGCAUGGGCGCGCCGCUGGCCACCGUCGCCGCCUUCAACGCCGUCCUCUUCACCGUCCGCGGCCAGAUGGAGGCGGCGCUGCGCUCCUCCCCCGGCGCGCCGCUCACCGUCGCGCAGCAGGUCGCCGCCGGCGCCGGCGCCGGCGUCGCCGUCUCCUUCCUCGCCUGCCCCACCGAGCUCAUCAAGUGCCGCCUCCAGGCCCAGAGCUCUCUCCCCACCCCUGCCCCUGCUCCCGCCGCCGCUGCCGCUCCCGUCGCCGGCGCCACGGCCACGGUUUCCGCCGCGGCCGCCGCUGGGCCCAAGUACGGCGGGCCCAUGGACGUGGCGAGGCACGUGCUGAGGUCGGAGGGCGGCGUGCGGGGCCUCUUCAAGGGCCUGGGCCCGACGCUGGCCCGCGAGGUCCCGGGGAACGCGGUGAUGUUCGGGGUGUACGAGGCGACGAAGCAGGCCAUGGCGGGCGGGCAGGACACGUCGGGGCUGGGAAGGGGGUCCAUGGUGGUCGCCGGAGGCGUGGCCGGGGCCGCGUUUUGGGGGUCCGUGUACCCGACGGACGUGGUCAAGAGCGUGCUCCAGGUGGACGACUACAAGAACCCCAAGUACUCGGGGGCCAUGGACGCCUUCAAGAAGAUCCUCGCCGCAGAUGGCGUCAAGGGGCUGUACAGAGGGUUCGGCCCCGCCAUGGCCCGCAGCGUCCCGGCUAAUGGCGCUUGCUUCCUCGCCUACGAGGUCACCAGGUCUCUGCUCUAGCUAACCCUGCUGUCUCCUGCUCUGCUUUCUCCCUUCUCCAUCGGUUCAUUCAUUCAGCGAGCGUCAUCUGGACAAUUCAGUCAAUGGCACCUCUGUAACAGAAAAUGGAGCUUUGUGAACCGAAUGAAAUCUGCAUUUUUACAUGCAAAAGAAUAUUUGAUUUUCGCCCUUUUUGUUUUAUUUGUUGUGCGAAGAUGUUUCCUUGACAGCAUCAAGACACGUCGUCGGUUCGUUAUUCCUCCCAACAUGCUCCUACCUUUGGUCGACAGAGAGGCUCACUGCCUGCCAUGUGAUGUACUUUCUCCGACUCAUGUAAGUGUGGUGUGUAUUUAGACGAUUUUUAAGUAAAGAUACAUUAAUAUUUAGAUAAA